AUGGCCGACCAAAUACUUGACCGAGUUCGUGAGGUGGUCGAUGGACAGAUAGAUUUCGAUGGCCAGAGACGUGUAGAACUUUUGGCUACAUUACUUUUGUCCGCGUCUGCACUAAUUGCAUUCAACAUCGGAUACACCCUCCAAGACAUUCAAAAAGCAGUCUACGUUGCCCUCGGCGGCACGGCCCUCACAUUUCUCGUCACUGUGCCUCCGUGGCCUUUCUAUAAAAAGAACCCUGUCAAAUGGCUACCGGCGGGGGCUGGCAUGAAGAAUGCAUAUGGGCAAAUGACACUGUGA